AAGACCGCGGGACCGAGAGGCGGAGCCUGCCCCUAGGACGGGCCGGGCGGGGGAACCCAUGCCACUAGAGGCGAAGGCUUCGCUCCUGCCGCGUUGACAGCGUCAGGCUUUACAAUGGUUGAUACCGAAAUGCCGUUUUGGCCCAUGAACUUUGGUAUUAGCCCAGUAGAUCUUUCUACAAUGGAUGAACACUCCCAUGCAUUUGACAUAAAGCCCUUCAGCACCGUUGAUUUUUCCAGCCUUUCUUCUCCACAUUAUGAGGAUCUCCCUCUUGCAAGAACUGAUCAGCUAGCCCUUGACUAUAAAUAUGAUGUGAAAUUUCAAGAUUGUCAAAAUGCAAUUAAAGUAGAACCUCCAUCUCCACCGUAUUUCUCAGAAAAACUUCAGAUGUAUAGUAAACCUCAUGAAGAAGCCUCUUGUUCUCUCAUGGCUAUUGAAUGCAGGGUGUGUGGGGACAAAGCUUCUGGGUUUCAUUACGGAGUGCAUGCAUGUGAAGGUUGCAAGGGUUUCUUUCGCAGAACAAUUCGUUUAAAAUUAAUCUAUGAUCGAUGUGAUCUCAACUGCCGCAUUCAUAAAAAAAGUAGAAAUAAAUGUCAAUACUGCCGAUUCCAAAAGUGCCUAGCAGUUGGAAUGUCUCAUAAUGCUAUUAGGUUUGGGCGAAUGCCACAAGCUGAGAAGGAGAAACUCUUGGCAGAGAUUUCAAGUGACAUCGACCAGCUGAACCCUGAGUCUGCUGAUCUGCGAGCCCUGGCCAAGUUGCUCUAUGAUUCCUACAUAAAGUCUUUCCCCCUGACCAAAGCCAAGGCGAGGGCAAUCUUGACAGGAAAGACAACAGACCAAUCACCAUUUGUCAUUUAUGAUAUGAAUUCCUUAAUGAUGGGAGAAGACCAGAUCAAGUGUAAACAUUUGAGCCCCAUGCAAGAGCAAAACAAAGAAGUGGCCAUACGCAUCUUCCAGCGCUGCCAGUUUCGCUCGGUGGAAGCUGUUCAGGAAAUCACUGAAUUUGCCAAAAGCAUUCCAGGUUUUGUGAGUUUAGACCUCAAUGACCAAGUAACUCUCCUGAAAUAUGGAGUGCAUGAGAUCAUCUAUACGCUCCUAGCCUCCAUGAUGAAUAAAGAUGGUGUUCUCAUAUCCAAUGGACAAGGAUUCAUGACUCGGGAGUUCCUAAAGAGUCUGCGGAAACCUUUCUGUGACUUUAUGGAACCAAAAUUUGAGUUUGCUGUCAAAUUCAAUGCACUAGAAUUAGACGACAGUGACUUGGCAAUAUUUAUAGCUGUCAUUAUUCUCAGUGGAGAUCGCCCUGGAUUACUGAAUGUGAAACCUAUUGAAGAUAUUCAAGAUAGUUUGCUGCAAUCACUAGAACUCCAGUUAAAGCUGAAUCACCCAGAAUCAUCACAGCUGUUUGCAAAAUUGUUGCAGAAAAUGACAGACCUCAGACAAAUUGUAACAGAACAUGUGCAGCUGUUGCAAAUUAUAAAGAAAACGGAGACAGAUAUGAGCCUUCAUCCACUCCUACAAGAAAUUUACAAGGAUUUGUAUUAAGGGUCAUCAGAUUUCUAAUUCAUUUGCAUAAGUACGUUCAUCAAAUUGCACUAUUUCUUUAAGAGGGAAAAUAUUACAUACCUAAGAAAUUACUGUGAAAAAAAAUACCAUUUAAAAAGAGACAGAGCUUUACUAUUAUAGAUCUAUUUUAUGCAUAUUGUUUAUAAAGAUACAUUUACAUUUUGCUUUUAAUAUUAAAAUGUCUUUAUCAUCAAAAUGUUGACUGUAUCUACCAGAUUCUUUUUUCCUGACUUAGUUGAUAUAAUAGCAUUGCUUUUUCAAUCUGAUUUAAAAAUAACAUUGGAGUAAGAGUAUAGUUCAGCUUCACUGCAAAGAAGAUUAAUUUCCCCCUCAAGGGAAGUUUUCUGGAUCUUGAUGUGGUUGUGAAUCAACAACAAUUAUACAGGUCACUGCAUUAUUCUAUAGUGCUCAAAUUAUAAACAUCUAACUUUUAAAUACGUUUUUCAGAAAGGUGCAAAAGGCCUCGAUUUUUAUUAAAAAAAAAAAAUUAGCUUGCUGUCUUCUAAACAUUCCUGACAUUUACGGUAUCUGGAUUUGAAACAGACUGCCAGAAGAAUGAAUAUUUAUGAUUUACAUUUAUAUUAAAUAAAUAUAUGUACAUUUCAAGGUGCUCAGGAUAUGAAGUGCAAAAUUAGUUUUAUGCUUUUUUUAUAUACUUUCAUUUAUAUUGUAUGCUGAUUUCAAAUGUGAGCUGCAUAGCAGUCUUGUUUUUUUCUCUGCUGCCUCUAGCGGUAGCUUGGCACAGGACCAGAAACUCAGAUUUGCCCUGAGAUGUAAAACACUCCCUGUGUGUGGUGGUGAAGGUGGCAGAAGCAGGCUCUUUUGAUCUUGGCAAAGCUGGCAGUGAGAGACCUCAUGUGAUUGCCCUCAAGCAAGCCAAACGUUACAAAGCAACAGGGCAGAUUUUAUGGGACUGCUGUUUGGAUUAGUAUUUAUAGGGCAGCAAGUUGGAACAAGAUAGCAUUCGUCAACUUCUGACUGAGAAAGGAAAUUGUUCUUCACUGGAAAUGCUUGGUGACUUUGGAAAGCCUACUGGUAUCACUGUUCAGACAGAUCGUGCAUCUGUCCUGCUUUUUGUAUCCUGGGAGUUUGGGAGGCUGAGCCAAAAUGGAAAUGUAGGAAGCAUCUUUAUCCCCUCUUUUGCCCUAAGUAAAUAUGCUGCUAAUGACGAAGAUAUAGAAUGGUGUAAAUGGCCUGAAAAUAACACCAACGCAGGCAAAGUACUGAUCACCAUGAUCUAAAUACUAUGGCUCAGGGAAAUUCUCCAUAGUGAGAGUGAAUUAAAUCAGAGGUAGAUAACGGGUGGUAGUUCAGAUAUGCUGAAUUAGAGCUUCCAGUCUCCCAAGCCCAGUGGUGAGGGAUACUAGGAGUGAUAGCUUAGCAACUUCUGAAAGUUACCUGUCCUUACUAUAAACUGUGAAUAAAGAAUCAGGUUUUUGAUCCACUGUGGAUCUUCAAAUCUUCUCUCAAAAAUUCUCUAAGGAGAAUAGAUAGAAACAAGAAGGAAGCAUCAUUACAGGUCAUGGUGAGUUAGCCUGUCAGCAGCCAUGCUUCUAAAGAGAGUUGAAUUUGCUAGUCACUGCCUUGAACACAAUUAUGGUUCUUUCCAGUAGGAGAUAGCUCUCCAUUGGCUGCUCCUAGAAUGGUACUGCUAGGGAUCAAAGUUCAAACGUAAGAGUCAUAUACAUUUAAACCUCUGGCUUGCUUCCAACACGAUAAAUAAAACCAUAGCAGGAGAGAUGGACAAGUGUACAUUGAAUCAAACCAAUAGGACUGCAUAUCUAAAGCAACUCAAAUGUGAACUGUAUUUAUUAUCUAAACUGAAAAGGAGGGUUAUUCAUUACACCCUGAUUCCCCGUGGUUUAUAUAUUAUAUAUUUAAUCAAGGUACAAAGCUUGAACAUAAAGUGUGUUCUUAAAUCUUGCAACUUUGUGACAUGUUGCUAGAUAGAAUAGGCUAAUGCUGAUUCCAUUCUGAUGAGUUGGUUUGACAGGAGGUUUAUUCUAUGUGGAAAAGUGUGUUCAAUACUUGGCAAAUAGUAGUAAAUAACUAGGAUUCUAGAAUAUCUGCAAAGGAGAUUUGAUGACAUUGAUUUCCAGCUGUUCCUCACUUCUGCUUUCUAUGAAUGAUUUAUGAGUGGGAAACACAAUAUUUAAGAAUUUAAUGAGAAAUUCUAGAUCAAGUCAGAGUAGCAAUCCAAUGUGCCUCAAAUAAAAUGCCAUUUUUAAUUUCCUUACUGAAAAUAAGGAAAUCUACCUAUUUCAGAUUUUGAUUUCAACUGGUGCUAAUAGCUUGACAAAAAAUGAAAAUAUAGUGAUAAAUAAAAUUUAUAUUAUAGUUUAGAUAUCAUAUUGCAUUUUUCAUAAUAAAAACUUUCUUGCCAAAAUGAUAUUCAAGAACUUAGGCAUUUAUCUGUUUAAAAGUAGUAAGCCGAAUUCUGAAUGAGGUACAAGAAAAUAUAACAUUUUUAGCAUGAAUCGGGGUUUAAACUGAGAAAAAAGAUUUUUGCCAUGGGCUCUGUACUUAAUUAGACCAUUCACCCACUUCAGGGAAAAACCCUUUUUCUAAAGUCCCAAUAUUUUCUCAUGUGAAUUAUAAUCAUAAUUUUGGUUUGAGUUUAAAUAUAUUCUGCUUCUAUGGGAUUUUAUUUAUUAAAAAAGCUUGCUCAUGUCAAUUUAUGUAGGCUGUGUUAUUUUCAGAACCUCGAGGGCUUUGGUGAAAAUAUUCCAAAUCAUAAAUCACUGACUGUUUUUUGAAAACAUGACUAUAACCCAAAACAUUUGUUAACUUGAAAUUAACAUAUGUGUUCUUUUUUCCUUUCCUUUUCUUUUCUGAAUUUUAGCAGGUAUAUAUUGUAUUAUCCUCUUCUUUUUUAGAAUAGCUAUGAAACAAAAGGAGCAAAAUUUUGACCGGGCAAUUCAAUUCAGUUCAAUAUACAUACACACACAGCCUUAAAUGUCCACCAU